AUGACCCGGUUGCCCGAGAGCUUCGGGCCCGAUGCGGACCUAGCCUACCUCACACUGGCCAACAACAAGUUCUACGGGCCCAUCCCACCCGGCAUUUCCCGGGCCCUCUCGGGCCUGUCCGAAAUUCUCCUUCUCAACAACUCCCUAAGUGGGUGCCUACCGUACGAGUUGGGCCUCCUCAAAGAUGCGGUCGUAUUCGACGCGAGCAACAACGACCUAACGGGCCCGCUUCCUUUUUCCUUAGGGUGUUUGCAAAACUUGGAGGUGUUGAAUUUUGCCGGGAACAUGUUGUACGGUAAUAUUCCGGAAGCGAUAUGUCGGCUCGGGAAGCUGGCGAAUUUGUCGCUUUCAGGUAAUUAUUUUAUGCAGGCGGGGCCGGUUUGCACAUCGCUCAUCGAGAAGGGUGUGCUUGAUGUGAGGAGUAAUUGUAUUCCGGGGCAGGGGAUGCAGAGGCCUAUGGCCGAGUGUGCGGGUUUUUUUGCGCGUCCGCAUUACUGUCCGUAUACGGACACGUACACUAAAGUUCCCUGUUGGCUUACCAAUUUAGGUACUCCGUAUUAUCCACCUGGAUUGGCGCCUGAGUCUUCUUGA